CAUGGUCCUGGGCUGCUUCCGGCUCGGUCUCCUCUUUGGGAGUCUCGGAUGGCUGUGUCAGAGCCAGGGUCCUGUCACCUGUGCGUGCUGGGAGAGCCACAAAGAGGACCCCGGCCACCAGGGCACGGAAAUGGCGCUGUUGACAUUCAGAGACGUGGUCAUUGAUUUCUCUGUGGAGGAAUGGGAAUGCCUGGACCCUGCUCAGCGAACUCUGUAUAGGGACGUGAUGUUAGAGAACUACAGAAACGUUUUCUCCCUGGGUCUCGCUGUCUCUAAGCCCCACCUGGUCACCUGUCUGGAGCAAAGCAGAGAUCCCUGGAAUGUGGAGACACAAAAGAGAGCAGCCGUACCUCCAGAUGGCCAACUCCUGUGACGUCCGCCACGGCUUCUCCCUGCAGUGAUCACCAGGACACUGAGAGUGACACGUCCUCCUCUAUCCCUGCGAGCCCUGCCCGAUCUGAUUGCUCUGCCCCUGCUUGUGUGUCCUCAUCCUCAUCCUGUCAUGUUUCUCCAGACUUCAGUGUCAGUCCCUUGUGAUGUGCUAAUGGCCUCAUUAAGAAGUUGCUCGAAUGCCCUUUACAUAUUUAAUAGAGUUGCUUUAUGAAUUACAGUGGACAUGUGUGAAAUUGGCGUGCACUGAGUGUCAGUAUUCACAGCGCCCGCUCUUCAUGUGUGUAUAGUUAGAGCCAAAAAGAAAGAUUUUGAGAAGUAGUACCUCAGUGUUUAUUCAGGAUUUUACCUUCUCUCCCUCCCUUUCUGUCUUUCUCUCUCUCAAUCCUAUUUCCUGUUUUUCACUCUUUAGAGUAUGUUUCCUCAGAUAGAUUAGUAAUGUUUUUAGUUUUUAUCCUAGAUAUUAUGAUUGAGUAGCAAUUUUAUUUUUGUGUAACAUCCUGUAUCUGAUGUGAGAAUUUUUGACUUGGAUUGUAUUUUACCUCAUAUGAUAGUUUUGUUUUAAAAUUUUUUUUGUAGAAUUAUGACAGCACUCUGCUCUCUUUUGGUCACUUUUCCAUGUAAUAUGCCAUCCUUUCACUUCGUUCUUUUUUGGGGUCUUUAGAUGUAAAAAGAAUCUCCAAUAGAUAGCAUAUAUUUGGAGUCUUUUAGCUUCAUUUUCAUUAGCUAACUUAUUGUUUUGAUUAGGAGUUGAAUCUACUUUACUUAAAUUACUGAAAAGGAAGAAAUUCAUAUUUCCCUUUUGUUAAUUGUUUUCUAUAUUUCCUGUAAUUGUUUUUCCUCUUUUUUCUUAUUACUUGAGUUUUGUGUCACUUAUUUCUAUAGAGAUGCACCUUGACGCCUGCCUCAUUUCCUUUUAUCUUACAGGGGUCUCCCUUGUGUCAUUACCAUGGGGAUUGUAUGAAGGUACUUUAAAAUUUAGGGGCAUUUUGAACUGGUAAAAUGCAGUUCCAUAUCACGGCUCUCUGUGCAUCUCAGUUUACGUGCUUCGUGUCACAGCCAUCCUUACAGUGUACACCAUCCGCCAGCAGGUGUCUGUGAUGGUUUUUUAUGCUUUCAUCUUUCAAAUUGCAUAGCGGACUUAAAGGUGUCUCAGGCAGCCUCAUUCAGUAAUUCAAAAUUGCUGGGUGCAGCAUUCUGGAUUGGUAGUUUUUGUUCGUUUAGCACUUCCCUGAUCUUUUCUGGGUUUCAAGGUUUCUGCAGAGAAAUCAGCUGGGAAUCACACUGGAGAAUCUUUGUAGAUGACACCUUACUUUUUUCUACAGUGCUCUCUCAGGCGUGUUUUCUGUGACUUUUGACACUUUGAUUUUAAUGUACUUUAGUUUAAAUCUCAUUCUGUUUAUCCUAGUGAGAGAUAAUUGAACUUCUUGAACUUGUCUCUUUUCUGCCUCACGUCUGAGGAUUUCUCAGGCAUUAUUUCUCAUUGAAUUCUUCAGCCACAGCAUUUCUAGUUUCUAUCUCUUUGCUAAUAUUCUCAUUUUCCUGGUUCAGUUAUCUACGUUUUGUUGAUCUAAUUCAGCACCUCCAAUGUGAUUAUUUUGAAUUAUUUAGAUAAUGCAGAUCUUUCACUUGGUCAGCGUCUCGUGUUUUGUUACCCUGAUUAGGUUGUGUUUCUGUGGUCCUUAGUUCAUGUGUGUUAUCAGUUGUUCUUGUUGUAGAUUAGUGCAGUUAUUAUGGAAAACAGUAUGAAAGCUGUUAGAAAUAGAACUAACUAU